CGCGUGUCCGCCGCAAACAUGGCGGCAGCCAGAGAGAGUGAAUUCGACUUUGGACUCGAAAGUACGGAAGACUCGACGCUGUUAGCAGCCCGAGCUGGCGCUGGCGCUAUGGAAAGCGCUCCGACGACGAGCCAGGUCGUCCACGUCAAGGUGCCCUCGCGUAUCGAUGACAGCGAGGAAGACAGCGACUCGUCGAGUCCGCGCGACUUGUGGGACGCUGUAAAGAUCGACCUAGCUCAGGCGGGUUCGGACUCGGACAACGUCGUGAAGGACUCUAGAAUUAGCCGGGGCCCAUCUGUGGACAGGGAAAAUGUGCCCGUCGAGAGGACCUUGCCGCAAAUGAACUGCCCUGAGAGAAUCGUUAUAUGCGUUGACCUUUGUUCAGAGAUGGAGGACAUGCCAUUCACAUUCUCAGAUGGGUCAAAGCACUCCCCCCUGUUCAUGAUCAAGCGGGUGGUUGAGCUGUUUGUACAUAACAAGCACAAAAUAGACAAGCGACAUGAAUUCGCCCUCGUUGUCUUCCACGAAGUGCCUCUUUGGAUCAGAAACUUCACAAACGACCCAAAGGAAAUCUCCAACUUCCUUGAGGACCUCAAUGAGACAAGGCAUUGUGAAAGCUGUGACCUCACUGGCUUGUUUGAUGCAAUAACUGAGCACACCCACAUCCCGGAAGUGGGCAGGGAGGGACCCUUCCCACCACCUUUCCUGGUUCGAACAAUCCUCAUCUAUGGCCGGUCCAACAGCGUACCCCAGGUUCACAGCAACCUGCAGAUGCUCAAACAGAUGAUGCAUUCUCUCUACUUCUUUCUCGACAUCCUGUAUGUUCAUGAACCCUUGUCCGAGACGAACUGCUGCCAGGAGAUAUUCAACGCUUUUGUCGCCCUCGACGACCACCUGCAGUCCUACAUGUUCGAGGUGUCGCGGAAUGCCACGAAGCUCCACAACUGCAUGGCCAAGCUUUUGGCCCACCCGCUACAGAGGCUGCAGCAGCACUUAGCCCACUACAAGCUCAAGGCCGACGAGAGCCCAAGUUGAGGCAGAGGCUCUGGUUGCUUACUCUUCCCCAGACCCUCAACUAUAGAAUCGCGCAAAGCCUGUACAAAGCCUGUACACAAUGUAUAGUGAACAGUGGCCAACUCUUGACUGGAAGCCUGCUAAAACGCGUCUCGCCUGCAGCCACUUUCGCCAUCGUCUGCUUGUGGCUCAGCUGUUGUCCGCCUCUGUCAGCAGAGGGCCACUUGACUGGGGAAGCCGUCGGAAGUGUGCAUUCCGUUCAGAUUGGGGAGAAGUCGUUCCUUUUUGGCAUUGUUUAAUUUUUGCAUUGUUGAUGCACUGUGUAGCGGUGAUGCUAUGUUUUACUACUUAGAAGGCUUUUGUACAUUGACUUGAAGAACACUGCUGCUUUCUGGGCCACAUUUCCCACGAGCUGCUUGAGGAUAAGAAUAACCUGCCUAAAGAGUGCACUUUUAAGCACCUGGAAAAUUUGUAUUUUUUAGUUACUGUCGAUGUGAGACAACUAGUGAGGCUGUAGUUUUGGAGAAAGUGUCACAUGCCUAACUUGUAAGCUUGCUUAUGGUUCCGUGUUAAAUCAAAGGAGAGAAAAUGUGCUGUGCUUAUGUCAUUUGCUCAUACAGUGGCAUAGUUUUGAUUACAAUUAUAUCUUUCUUUCUACAUUUGGCUGGCAUACACUUGUCCACGGCCCUGUUGAAAGCAAAUGCAAAGUUUCACACUAACGCAGUAGUUUAACACUGAUUGCUCAGCUUCUUAGUGCUGUCAUACAUUUUCUUAUACAUCCGCUGGUCGACUGUCUACAAACCAACAGUUGAUGGUGUGUACAAAACAAGAGAAUUGCUAGCAUGCUUUUAUAUGUAUUUAUUGUUGUUGGUAAUUGGCUACCUUUCUCUUUUUAAGGUAAAGUUAAUACAAGAAGUUGAGCUAGUUGGAAGCAUGACAUUAUUAGUUAAUUUCCAGUGGUUAGUGGAAAAGAGAACAGAAGGCAAAAGGACAAAGCAAUAAGACUGAAGGAAUGGUGGUAUUCAACGUGUCUUUGCUUCUGUAGAAACAUUACAACCCAUAUAAUGGUAAAUUGGGGCACAAUCAAUGUCCAUCACACUUGGACUGCACGGAGAUACUCAAAUUCUUUAUUUGACAGUGUGAUUGACACCAUGCUCACACAGCUAUCAUCUUUUUUAAUGCAAGAGGCUUCAUGCACCAAUCUGAGCUGUCAAAGAAUUUUAUUAUCUCUGUCAGCAGCUGCAUGUUACGUAUGAUAUGAGCUGUGAUGUGGAUGUGCAUUGAUUAUGCCCCUGUCCGUCGUUACAUGGGUUUAAUGUUUUUUGCGCAGUAAGGUUAACUUGAAGACCAGUUUUUCUACUGUCCUGUUGCUUUCUAUUCUUUUGCCUUACUUUCUCGUCUACACAAAAUUCUGGAAGUUUCUUAAUAAUGGUAAAGCGUGCUAUUACAUCUUGCCACCGUUUCGUGCAAGACAUGUAGCACUUGUCGGGCAUUGUAGUCGCUCACCACAACUAAUAGCUCUGCUUUUUCAUUGCAGUUUCGGUUGGCUGCAUUUUUUUUCUACGGUGCUGCUUGCUGAGUCUUGCUACUGUCACUGCUCUGUUCUCGGCAUUCUCAAGAGUUUCUGGAUUUAUAUAGUUUAUUGCUUGCACAAGCCAUCAUGUUCUCUAUCUGUGGGACAACCAAUUCAGCCGUGAAGACGGUCUUCCAACUAUGGAAUUGUUUUGAAUGCAAGUGUGGCUGGUCUGUCGACUGUGGCCGUAGGCAUUGCUGUUUUCGUUCAGCUUGUGCCAAAUGAUGCGCAUUUAAUUUGAACAAAAUUUUUCUCCAAUUCCCAAAAUGAUAAGCUUGUUUUUCAACACCUCGUACGGAAACACUAGUAUGCUCACAGACCGCGCCAAUGCUUCUCAAGGCGUCCAGCAUUUGAUGGAUGAUGCACUAGCAGCAUGAUGUCCAGUACCUUUACCUCAAGGGUUGUGAUCUCUCAUCAAGAGAUCAGCGGGCUGUGCCAGCCGAAGACACUCACCAAAGGUUAGUGCUUGUAUUUCAGCUAUUGCUGCAUGAAUGGAACACAUAACAUACAUGUCGAGGACCUUGUAAUAAAACCAUCCGCACGAGUUUCUGGGUGUCCUUAACACUGGCAGUGUUAAAAAACUUAAACGAGAAAAGUGUACAUAAUCAGUGUGUUGAUAUUUGCCGGAAAGAAUUUUCUAAUAAAGUGCGUAAUAUGUUUGCCCAUUG